CAAAAGGGGAGAGGACCUUCCUGUGUUUAUUAUUAUUGCUAUUCUCCCUGCCUUUCUGGAGACGAGAGGGAAAUGCCUCUUCUGGCCGGCUGAGGCCUCUUUGGCUCAGAGGGAGCCUCAGGAGGUGCAGAGGUGUGGCUUGCAACAAGGCGUGGCGGAGAGGGGAGAAGCCUAAGAAUGAAUCCAGCUUCUGCCUGACCUGUCUUUACCCUUUGUGUCCUUAGCAGCUCAGCCCUGCACCCUUUCCAAAUCAUCACGGGUUUUACAGGCCCAAAGUAGCUUCCCUCCAUAACGUUUCCGGCAGAGAGGCACAAAGCCAAUCUGAGAUUCAGCCCCUUUGAGGUGACAGAGAAGAGGAUCCUUCGAUGUCUGGAGACGGAAGAGGCGGGAUGGUGGCUGUGGACCUCCAGGUUCAACCUUUCUUUGUUCAUGAGUUGCCUGCGGGAAUAAAAAGAGAAGAAGCAGAAGCACCGGAUUAUACAAACAGGGAAGGAGGAGGAGAAAGAAUCCGCCAUUUUGCACAGGCUGGAACCGCCAAGGGCUCUUCAAAAUGGCCGACACUGCCGUGUGUUAAACAGGAGCCGGAGGAAGGGUUGGCACAACACUGGGAAGUCAAAUGGCAGGAGUUUUUGAGGGGGCUGCAGCCCCCUCAUGCAGGAUGGGAUCAUCCACAGCUGCAGUGGAGCGGUAUGGUUGCUAAGGAGUUCUCCCUGGAUCUUUUGGAAGCCAACAUUGGCCAGUGCCCUAGAGCGGAGGAGGUGACCCAAAUCUUGCCAGGCCUCAAGGGAGAAGCCCAAAAGAGCCAGGAUGCCACCCAUGUGGGAGUUGACAAAAUGGCAAAGGGAGACAUCCCAGGUAAUGGUGGCAUCAGCGCUGAGAUCCAGCGUAAGCGCUUCCGACAUUUCUGCUAUCGGGAGACGGAGGGCCCCCGAGAGGUUUGCGGGCAGCUCCGGCAGCUUUGCCAUCAGUGGCUGAAGCCAGAGAAGCACAGCAAAGAGCAGAUGGUCGAGGCGCUGGUCCUGGAGCAGUUCUUGGCCAUCUUGCCUCAGGAAAUGCAGAGCUGGGUCAAGGCAGGCGGCGCAGAGAGCUGUGCCCAAGCGGUGGCCCUGGCCGAGGACUUCCUGCUGAGUCAGGAGGAGGAGCUCAAGGGAUGGGAACCAAAGGUACUGCUGGAGUCAUCCCCUGAGGAGGAGGAAAAAGGGGAGGUCGCUGUGGGUCUCCUGCCAUCUGUGGGCAUCGAACCAGGACAGCUGUGCAAAGGGGUCAAGGAGGAGAAGGAGGACAGUGAAGAUCCCAGCUUGUUCGUCAGCGGGAUGAUGCCUCUGAUGUAUUCUGGCUCACCUCCUCUUCACGCUGCUCCGGAGCCAACUCAGGGACUGGCAGCCUUUGAGGAGGUGGCCAUGUACUUCACAGAGGGGGAAUGGGCCCUUUUGGAUCUGGACCAGAGAGCUCUGUACAGGGAGGUCAUGCUGGAAAAUUAUGGGAAUGCGACUACUCUGGGAUUUUUAAUUGCCAAACCAGACCUCGGCUCCUGGCUAGAAGGAGGGGGAGAUUUAUUCAUCAAAGACUCCGAGGAAAUAGAAAGAGGAGGCUUUGCAGAUGUCACAGCUGCAAAAGAGAUCAAAGAAGAGCAUCAACCAGAGCGCGGAAUCCCUCAGCUGGAAGAUAUGGCUGAGGUUUUCCCAGGGGGAUCUCAGGAGAGCACUUCCUUGGCAGCGGAGUACUAUGAGAAUGACGGCACAGCCAGUGAGAAUGAGAUGGGUAUGGUUUGCCCAGAAGGUUCUGACUCAGCAGGCCCUGAUGAGAGAUUAUCAGCAGGUUCCCUAGAGGCUGUUUCUGUGAAGUCUGAACCCUUUGAUCAGGGCUACGAGUCCGACAGGCAGCAAUGGCAGCAGACUGUAAAGAUGUGGGGCAUAUCCAUACAGAAAGUAGAAAAUGUCGUGGCAGAUAAUGCUGGUGUAAUCCACGUGGGGGAGGAGCGGCACAUGUGUCGCAAAUGUGGGCAAACAUUUGAGCACCAGUCGGGACUUAUCGUGCACCAGAUGAUUCAUACGGCAGAGAGGCCCUACGAGUGCCUUGAGUGUGGGAAAAGCUUCUGUCAGAGAGAGAACCUGCUUGCGCACCAGAGAAUCCACACGGGGGAGAGGCCUUAUGAGUGCCUUCAGUGUGGAAAACAUUUCAGCACUCGGUCACACCUCAUUACCCACCAGAGAAUCCACACGGGUGAGAAGCCCUAUGAAUGCCUUCACUGCGCAAAAAGUUUCAGCAACAAGUCCUCACUUGUCACACACCAGAGAAUUCACACGGGAGAGAAGCCUUAUGAGUGCCCACAAUGUGGGAAAAGCUUUUGCCAGAGUGGGCAGCUCAUUAGACACCAGAGAAUCCACACAGGAGAAAAGCCCUAUGCCUGCCCACAGUGUGGGAAAUGUUUCUGCCAGAGAGGACAGUUGAUCAGACACCAGAGAAUGCACACAGGGGAGAAACCGUAUGAGUGCCUUCAGUGUGGGAAAAACUUCAGCAGGAAGUCAUACCUCGACAUUCACUUGCGGAUGCACACAGGAGAGAAACCCUACGAGUGCCCUGAGUGUGGGAAAAACUUCUGCCAAAGUGCACAGUUGAUUCGGCACCAGAGAAUCCACACGGGGGAGAAGCCUUUUGCAUGUUCUGAGUGUGGAAAAAGCUUCUUCCAGAAAGAAAAGCUGGUAAGACAUCAGAGAACCCAUGCAGAAUCCAAACCCUAUGAAUGCUCAGAAUGUCGAAAAACCUUUCCCCGGAAAGAUAAGCUCAUUCAUCAUCAGAAAACACAUGCAGGGCUUGAAAUGCUAUGAAUGUUUUCUUUAAAAAUAUAAAUAUAUUGCAAGUGUAAUGCGUUUUUGGCAGAACACUUUAAUAGUUUGAGACAGAAGAUUUCUGCUGUAGUUUGGGGCUUCCCAAAUAUCAGAAUAAAGGCAGAAGAGAGAAACAAAUGAUGAGUCCUGCAGGAUCCAAACAGCCCAUCUAGCCAAGCAUCCUGUUUCCAACAGUGGACAGCUAGAUAUUUCUGAAAAACUCACAAGCAGGGCAUUGAAAUAAUCAUGGUUGCCUUUUGAAUUCUCCAGUUGGUUGGGAGAACAUUCAGUUACACAUCAGACGUAAGAACAUUAAACAAUGGAGCAGGGAAUUUGAGCUGGCUUGGAACAAAGGCAGCUUUUCAUCAGUGGUGCAAAGUUUUGGACUCUGGAUAUCAUGAUCUUCAUGGAGAUACACAGCCCUUCAUUUCAUCAAUGUGUAUUAAUUCACUUAUUUCAAACUGUGGUAAGCCUUUUGCCAGAGUGGGCAGCUCAUUAGACACCAGAGAGUUCAGGGACCUGCUGCCCAUUUGGCUGGAUGGUGCCUUGGAUUCCUACCCCCAACAACACCACUACUUUUCAUGUUAACACUAAAAGCAGCUGAAAAAUAAUUGUAAAAUGUUGCGAAGAAUAUAGGCAUUUCCAGCUUCAGUGUGUAAACUGGAGAAAUACUACCUUGCCCCCUUCAGCUAGGUGUGCUUUUGCACCCAUUGCUGGUAUCACCUCUGCCACCCCCAUCAGCUUUCCCCCCCUGCUGCAUAAGAACAUAAGAAAAACCUGGCUAUUGGAUCAGGCCAAAGGCCCAUCAUAGUCCAGCAUCCUGUUCUCACAGUGACCAAACCACCACAUGCUCCUAGGAAGCUCCCAAGCAGGACCUGAGUGCAACAACACUUUCCCCAUUGCGAUUCCCAGCAGCUGAUAUACAGCGGCGUACUGCCUCUGACGGCGGAGGUAGAAUAUAGCCGUUGUGUCUAGUACCCACUGAUAGCCCUGUCCAUCAUGAAUUUUUCUACUCCUUUUUCAAAGCCAUCCUCCUCUCAUGGCAAAUAGCAGGAGCACUUUGAAUCAAGGCAGGCAGUAUAUAGUGACAAUCGUGAGUUCUUUGCACCUUUGGUGAAGUCUCCGGAAUAAAGGAAGGUAUGACACGUGCCAAUGCAGCUGAGUUGCUUGCAAGCGACUGCUGAGCAGAUAGGUGGAGGAGCACUGUGAGCUGUACAUCAGUGCUGUGCAGCUUGUAGGGAAUCCUUUGUAUUGAAGCUGUGCCCAUCUCUUCCUUUCCUGCUUUCUGCUUUUUUAAAUAGCUACUGCCUAUCAAACCAGUCACAUUUGGGCACUCAUUUCAUGGUGACAACAUCAAAGUGCAUGGUGGUGGAGGCGGGAAUCUAAAACUAGUGAGCAUGUCCAGAGGAAGGCUGGCUGAGGUUGUUACCGGGGUGUCUCCAUGUGCACCUGUGUAUGUAUUUGCGAAGGAGAUUGGAUCCAUCCUAUAUGAAAUGUUUGCUAUAGUUACACCAGAUAUAUCUAUUAGCUGUCAUCUUAGGUUGUGUGUUCCAGAUAGGGUUGCCAGGUUCAGGGCCUGAGGCUGAUCCUGUAUCUUUA